UGCCGCUCGGCGCCAUGGCGGAGCAGGGGGAGGGAGAGGAGGCGAGCGGCCCGUCCGUGUUGUUCCUGCAUCCGGACUUGGGACUGGGCGGCGCGGAGCGGCUGGUGGUGGACGCGGCGCUGGCGCUGAAGGCCCGGGGCUGCCGGGUGCAGGUGUGGACGGCGCACUACGAUCCCGGGCGCUGCUUCGCCGAGACGCGGCAGCUGGCAGUGCACCGCGCCGGGGCCUGGCUGCCGCGCAGCUUCUGGGGCCGCGGGCACGCGGUGUGCGCCGCGCUGCGCAUGGUCUUCGUGGCUCUCUACGUCCUGCUGCUCAGCGGGCAGCACGCCGAUGCCUUUAUCUGCGACCAGGUGUCCGCUUGCAUUCCGAUACUCAGGCUGGCCAGAACACGGAAGAAGGUUUUGUUUUACUGUCACUUUCCUGAUCAGCUCCUUACCAAGAGAGAAUCUUUUCUAAAGCGCCUCUACAGAAUGCCACUGGAUUGGCUGGAAGAGUACACCACUGGCAUGGCAGACUGCAUCGUUGUGAACAGCAAAUUCACUGCCAGUGUAUUCAAGGAGACAUUUAAAUCCUUGUCUCACAUAAACCCAGAUGUCCUUUAUCCAUCACUCAACACCAGUAGCUUUGAGACAGUGGUUCCUGUGGACAUAGUUGACUUGAUUCCCAAAAAGACCAAGUUCUUGUUUCUAUCUAUUAAUAGGUACGAAAGAAAAAAGAACCUCACAUUGGCUCUUGAAGCUUUGCAUGAGCUUCGAGGAAGACUCGAUUCUCAUCAGUGGAGUGAAGUUCACUUGGUUAUAGCAGGUGGCUAUGAUAAACGAGUUCUGGAAAAUGUGGAGCAUUAUGAAGAACUAAGGAAAAUUGCAACUAAGCUUAACGUUAGUGACCAUGUCACUUUUGUGAGAUCAUUCACAGAUGAACAAAAAAUCUCUCUUCUUAGUAACUGUGUGUGUGUGCUGUACACACCAAGUAACGAACACUUUGGCAUUGUUCCUCUGGAGGCAAUGUACAUGAGACGUCCAGUUAUAGCAGUUAAUUCGGGUGGUCCUUUAGAAUCAAUUUUGAAUAACGUUACAGGAUUUUUGUGUGAUCCUCUGCCAACACAAUUCUCUGAGGCCAUGGAAAAAAUCGUGAGAGAUCCUCUCUUGAAGGACUCAAUGGGAGCAGCUGGGAGAGUCAGAUUUAUGGAAAAAUUUUCCUCAGAAGCAUUCUCAGAACAACUGUAUCAAUACAUAUGCAGACUAACACAAUAAAAUUGUAUUUUUUUUAUUACCUUUUACAGCUUUGUGUCUGUGACUUAUAUAAGGGGCCAAUGUUCAGUAUGACUAUGAUGAAGGACCCAGAACUUGUGAACUUCCUUGUAAUACUUUGUAUGCUGCCUUUGGUCACUUGAUGUGAAAAAAAGGAAAAAAGUCAACCUUGUUAGAAGGUUCAGAUUUUCAUGUAUUAGACUGAUUGUUUUUUAUGCAGUGCCUUGGAUAAAUGCAUGGUUCAAAUGGCAGUGACUUACUAGACUUCACUGCACAUUUUGCUUUAGGAUUUUACGAUUAACUCAAUUUACAAGGUACAGAUAUGUGCAGAUAAGCAUAGCUUUACUCUCCUGAGAAUUUCAAAUAAAAAAAAACUAACAAGCAAAAGAUUUAGCUAUGGUAUGAGAGAGAACACGAUUCAACUAAGUGUUUAAAGAAAAUAUUUUCCUUAGGGAUAUGAAUUGUAUGGGUUUUUGUUUUUUUAAAUGUUUUUACUGUGCUUUUACUUUUACUGUGCUUUUCUUCUAGAAUUGCAUAAUCCAGGUGUGCUGGGCAUCAUAAAUGAGCAAACAAGUGUGUGAUCAGGCAGAAUGUUGGUACUGAAAUUCUACAUCUUCGUAGAUACCUGCUAUGCCUAAUGUUGUAAUUUUUAAGAGUUUGUGGGUUGUAGAAAUGUUCCUAAUUAAAUGUUUCAUUAAAUUCUAAGUUACAGAAAGCA